UAAUAUGACUUUGCAUUGAAUGCUGUGAUUCUCUAGGAGAUCCCAUUCUGGCUUCUUUUCAUUCAUAAAUCAAAUACUCGCGAUAACUUUGUGUUUUCUAACUGAUAUCAUGACCUCAGAUCUUGCUGUGAGCAAGGAGGGUCUCUCAAUUCCCCUCAUUGAUUUCUCCCUUUUCCUUAACGGAACCCCUUCUGAACGUAAUGACACUGCAAAUGCCAUUCUCGAAGGCUUCAAAACUGCUGGCUUCAUCUACCUCAAGAACCAUCCCGUUUCUCCAAAAGAAUUACAGCAUGCAUUUGACAUGUCUGCCCGCUGGUUCGAUCAGCCUCUCGAAUCAAAAAUGAAAGUUGUUUGGACGACACCAGAAGCCAACCGAGGCUACUCAGCUCCUGGUAGAGAGAAAGUCAGUCAGCUCACUGACCUGGCCGACGUUGAGAAGAUGCGUGCUGCUUUGCCAGAUAUAAAAGAGAGUCUCGAGAUUGGCCGUGAAAACGAAGCUGGACACCCGAAUUAUUGGCUUGAAGAGAGUGGCGAACUUGUAGGUUUCCGAAAGGACAUGCUUGGGUUUUUCGAGCAGUGUCGCCAGUUGCACGUUGAGGUGAUGAAAGCCAUCGCUGUUGGCAUGGGCCUUGACGAUGGUUUCUUUGACGGUUUCGUUGACGUUGGGGAUAACACGCUGCGUUUGUUGCACUACCCGUCAGUCCAGUCUAAUGUCUUCAAGAUGAACCCAGGAACUGUCAGAGCUGGAGAGCACAGUGACUAUGGUUCAAUCACUCUCCUGUUUCAAGAUGUUCGGGGUGGACUACAAGUCAAAAGCCCGACGGGCCAAUUCGUCGAUGCAACGCCUAUUGAAGGUACUGUGGUCGUCAACGCUGGCGAUUUACUCGCUAGAUGGAGUAACGAUAUGAUCAAGAGUACUAUUCAUAGAGUUGUCGAACCACCACAGAAAGAGGCAGAAUCUUAUCCCCCUCGUUACAGCAUUGCAUACUUUUGCAACCCCAACUUCAAGAGUUUCAUCGAGGCUAUUCCGGGGACUUUUGAGACGGAGAAGGAUAAGAAGUAUGAUGGUAUCAACAGUGGUGAUUACCUUGUUCAGAGAUUGACUGCUACUUACUGAUGUAGAAGUGGAUUUAACAGAUUGCAGAAUAAAACGAUUCAUUUUAUUUGUCUGUAGAUUAACUUGAUAGGAGCUUGUGGCUUGAUUCAACUAUCAGAGGCGACGAAUUGUUGGGAUAUGCAUGGUCAGCAACCUUGAGCCUGAUCAUUCGUAUCAUCUCUUCGUAUAAGCGUCAAUCAUACUUUAUCUCACUAACAUUACGGCAGUAUAAAUUAUACCUU